AUGGUCAAGAAGUACAACCUCACAAAUACUCCGUCCGACUUCGCCAACCUGACCGUCUUCAACGAGAGCGGCCAACUGCCCCUUGGUGUCAUGACGGAAAAGUCUGAGGAGCUGAGUAAGCUAUUCGAAAAGGCUACAGAAAAGUACCAGUACGAUGCCGGCCAAAUCAUUCUUCAGAAUCAGCAAGACCGCAGUGCUCGUUCCGGUCUCGCAAUUGCUGGCUGGAAGCCAGGCAGCGAUCCGCUGGCACAAGCUAUCGAAUGGUCUUCGAUGGACUUUGAAUAUGCCAAUCCACCGGAGAAGACGUCCCAGCAGUACUCUGCAGUCAAUACCAACACCUCGUUUCAACGCUGGGCAAACGUGAACAACCUUGUGCACGAUGCCCGAGGAUUCGCUACGUUCUUCAGGGAAGAAGCAGAUUUGUUUCUGAACAAGAAAACCCAGCUGAGGCUUGGGACUGUCGUCCAGAACAUCACCUACACUGUCGACAACGUCACAGUACAUAACGAAGACGGCAGCUGCAUCAUUGCCGACUAUGCCAUUUGUACAUUCUCACUGGGUGUCUUGCAGAAGGAAGUGGUCAACUUCACACCGGAGUUGCCCCUUUGGAAACGUACUGCCAUUCAGUCGAUGACCAUGGGCACCUAUACGAAGAUCUUCAUGCAAUUCAAGCCGGAAGACGUUUUCUGGGACAAGAGCACUCAAUUCUUCUUGUACGCCGACCCAGUUCAGCGAGGCUACUAUCCCUACUUUCAGUCACUUGAUCACAAAGACUUCGUGGACGGCUCCGGCAUCAUCUUCGUCACCGUCGUUGACCAGCAAUCUUACGCCGUAGAGGCGCAGGAAUUCAACACCACCAAGAGCCAAAUCAUGGAAGUCCUAAAGGAUAUGUUCCAACGGGAAAUUCCUGAUCCCAUCGACUUCUACCAUCACUGCUGGACUCGCGAGCCAUGGGCGUACGGGUCCUACUCGAACUGGCCCCCGGCCUUGACUUUGGAGAUGCAUCAAAACAUCCGCGCCAAUCUCGGAAACUUAUGGUUUGCUGGCGAGGCCACUCAUCCGCAAUACUUUGGGUUCCUGCAGGGUGCAUAUUACGAGGGAAAGAACGCGGGUGAAGCUGUUGCUGGAUGCAUCAAGAACAAGGAUGACUGUGCCAACCUGAGAUCAGUGGCGUACGAUGUAUUGAAUGGAACGACCAGUACCGACAAGUACACAAAGGUAAAUGGAUGGAGCACCAAGACGUUUGUAAAAGAACUUGGCAUAAACAUUAAGAGCUGA